AUGCCUGUUGCUGACUUUGUCUCUCAGAAAUUUGAGUACUUCCAUAUUCCUAUUAGCAAAUGUUUUUGCCAUAUCCUAACUGCUAUAAACCCUGACAGCAGCCAUACCUUGUGUACUAUUACUGCAAAGGAGACAAAGGCAGAGAAGAUAGACAUUAUUACUGAGCAAAGUGGUAUCCAGCCAUACCAAAAGAAAGUCCAGAAAGUAAAACCACCUGAGAAGACCGGGCCUGGCCAAGCAAAACAUACCAAUCCACCUGGGCUUGGCUCGGCUCUAACAGCACUAUGCCUAGAUGCAGCAGGUGACUUGGUCUCAGAGAACACAAGUAACUUGGAUAAUACGAAGGGCAAAGCUCCUAAAAAUGCUCCAGUUACUUCAAACCCCUCCGAAAAAUACAAUAAUGCCUCCUUAGUCAAACUUAUUGCUCUCCAUUUGUUCUACAUGCCAGAAUUCCAUUAG